CAAUCAUUUGCCCACUUGGCGUCGUCUUCUACAGUCAACAGGAAAGGUUAUCUAAUGUCUCAAUGUGGAUACCCCAAUUAUAAAAGCGGGCACUGCAGCGGAAGUGCAAAAGUGGUUACUGUAAUAAGGGUCCCACGCGUUGGGCACGAGCGAAUAGAGGCGGUGCGGAGUGAAGUCCGGUUGUGAUUCGCUGCCAAAUGGGACGGCGUCCUGGUGGCAUCCAAGGCUUACUUAACGGGAAACGGAGGUUCGAAGGAAUAUCCUAAGGAUCAUGCACUGAUGCACUGUUGCAGCGAUUCGCCAGAACAAUGCUGCUGCCCGGUCCGUUGCUGUCAUCGUCGUCGGCAAACCUUCCUACUCGUUCUCUGGUGUGAUUUCCGCUCUUGACCGCCCCCGAAGGGCUCGGGCCCUGCUCGAUUAUCGAUUAGCUACCAUGUUGAGCUCGAGGUCGGCGUCUCCUACAGACAGGCAGCUUGCAGGGCCACUGCGGCGUUUACUGCCGGCCGGCGCCGAUGAAGUGAAACCAGCCCGAGAGAGGUCUGCAUCUCGAUCGACGACUGCCGCCUCUGCUGCCCCCAACAGCAACAGCACCGAGACGCCUCCCGUUCCAGCUCGGAGGAAGAGGGGCCAAGCUACAACAGCGGCAUGUGGCGCGUGCCGCAAACGCAAAUCAAAGUGCGAUGGCGCGCGUCCACAGUGCUCAAUUUGCCGCGACCGAGGCACGCCCUGCGAGUUUGACACCAAUGCGGCCGAAACACACACGCAGGCCUUGAAGCGCAAAUACAGCGAGCUGCAGAACCAAAAGUCCACCUUUGAGCAAAUCUACGAUGUGCUUCAGACGAGGUCUGAGAAGGAGGCCGAGGAGGUGUUCCAACGCAUCCGGCGAGGCGCCGAUGCCGGCUCCAUCCUGCGCCAUGUCAACUACGGCGACGUCCUCGUGCAGCUUGCCCUUGUCCCUGAGACAAGAUACCGCUACGAGUUCCCCUACCUCCCCGAGAUGCCGCCCUUCCUGCGUCGAUUCGAUAACCCCUACUUGGACUCUGAGGUCUACGAAUGUGCGUUGCGGGGUUUGCAAGCAUGCCAUCUACAGCAAUCGUUGCCCGCUCUAGAAAGUGGGAGGAAAGUGGACGACGGUACCGGCAUUGCCAAUGGGGCCGGUCUGCGGGAUGCCUACCUGAAGCCCUACCUCUCGGCAACCGUCGUCCACCCCUGGCUGGACUCGGUGAGGCCGUCAAGAUGGACAAACGUCAGCAGCGAUGACGUUCUGAUGCGGAAGCUCCUCCACGACUACUUCCUCUUUGAGUAUGACUGGUUCACCUUCUUUCACAAGGACUACUUUCUCCAGGACAUGGCUACAGAGCAGCAGCGCUUCUGCUCUCCGCUCCUAGUCAACGCUAUACUAUGCAUAGGCUGUUUCUGUCACCGUAGGCUUGAGGGCCGUGCCGAGUUCUGGAACCCCAAAAACCUAGGGUAUCAGUUCCUUGCCGAAUCCAAGAGGCUCUUUGAGAUCGACUCGGAACUGGAAAAACCAGUUGGCAUUCCCGGUGACCCCUACUGGGAGCGCAGGAAAAGCCAGUGGGAGCACCGCAUGUUGACGACGAUACAGGCUGCACUCCUUCUGACCCUUGUAUACGAUCUCAACGGCUCCGACAAGAUUGGCUGGCGCUAUACCCUCCGAGCUAUAGAAUUGGCAGACGAAAUACAGCUCCUGGAUCUCCCGUUGGCCCAUCACAGCCCCGAGGUUCAAUGUGUCAGAACAUAUACAGCCUGGGGCCUCUUCAUUUGGCAAAGUCUCGGCAGCUAUCACUACUUGAGACCCCCUAGCAUAAAAGAGCCACCCAAAACACCCCUCCCUGACCCCGUGGAGCAGCCGCAGUGGUACGGCGAGCUCUGGAUCAAGUAUCCCUUGGGCCAAUCACGCCUGCCAACUUACCAUGGUCUUGUAUUCAAGGCUCAAGCCGAUUUCUGGACCAUAAUCACCGAGUUUCUGCUGCUCACCUUUUCGCGUCCCCGCUCGAUUGCAAGGCUGUCGCUGCCCCAGAUUUUUGGAUUCUACAACAGACUCCAAGCAUGGCUACAUAAUCUCCCGGAGCCUCUCACGCCAAGGAAGAUUGUGCUGCCGCACCAGCUCAAGCUUCAUAUGCACUACCAGUCGAUGUUGGUUGAUAUUUUCACUCCCAUUUUGGAAGACACCGAGGCCGACAAGAUGUUACGAUUGGGGAAGACACCGCGUGACAUCUACAUCGAGGCGCUAACCCAUCUCGAGACGCUCAUGCGGCUCUACUACCUGCGGCACGGCUUCGAGGGAUUCGACAGCUUCCUCAUCCACUUUCUUGGGACUCUCAAUUACAUGACCAUGACCGGGAUUGAAUCCGAAGCCGACCCUGCAUAUCGCGAGUUCCGCAGGUCGACCAUGAUACUACUCCUCAAAGGAAUUCACGACCAAGGCCAGGCCCAUUUCGUUGCGAGGGCAGUUCUGCGUCUGCAAGCAAGCUAUAUGCGACGCGAGGACGUCGAGUUGUUGAAGCGCUAUGUCGAGAUCAACGAGGGUCAUUUAAUAUACGGGCCUCUCGAGCAGGCCUUUUGCUCCGACUGGCCCACGUAUGGAAUCGGGCUGGAGGCAAAGGCCGAAAGGUUGAGGCAGGGAAUAUCGCUCUCGAGCACCAUGGCAUCUCUAUGUCUUGGGCCUAGCACUUCACCAACAUAG